GCUGAGCUCCUACCCAGGAGAGGAGAGGAGGACGGCUUCUUCCCGACGGACAGGAGCCAUGGCUAAAGAUUACCCAGCAUCUCCUAAAGCCCAGCAUCUGCAAGAAUCCAAGAAGCAGCGUCUCACCUACGUACUUGUGGUGAGCGCUCUCUGCGUUGCCUUCUACGUGCUCGGGGCAUGGCAGAACAGCACCAUGCCGAAUCCUGUGGCUGAUUCGGCAAUCAGCCGAGUCGACUGUGAUACCGUGGCGCAGAGAGACGGCUCGGUGCCGUCUUUUGCGCCUGCAUCUGAGAAUGUGCUCGAUUUUGAUGCGCACCACCAGCUGAACCUCAGUGAGACAGAGUCUGUGGUGCAGCAGUUCCCUGCGUGCCCGCUCAAUCAGAGUGAGUACACGCCAUGCGAGGACCGGAAACGUGGCCGUCUGUUUGACCGGGACAUGCUGAUAUACCGUGAGAGGCACUGCCCGGGCAAGGACGAGCAGAUCCGAUGCCUCAUUCCAGCGCCACCAAAGUACAAGAACCCCUUCAGGUGGCCGGAGAGCAGGGACGUCGCUUGGUUUGACAAUAUCCCUCACAAGGAGCUCAGCAUUGAGAAGGCCGUGCAGAACUGGAUCCGAGUGGAGGGGAACAAGUUCCGGUUCCCUGGUGGUGGCACUAUGUUUCCCCAUGGCGCUGAAGCGUACAUUGAUGAAAUCAGUAAGCUCAUCUCGUUGUCGGAUGGGAGGAUCAGGACGGCGAUCGACACGGGCUGCGGGGUUGCUAGCUUUGGGGCAUACUUGCUGAAGAGGAACAUCAUUACCGUGUCGUUUGCGCCGAGGGACACACACGAAGCUCAGGUGCAAUUUGCACUGGAACGUGGUGUGCCUGCCAUCCUCGGGGUGAUGGGAUCAAUACGGUUGCCUUAUCCAUCUAGGGCAUUUGAUCUGGCUCAUUGUUCACGUUGUCUGAUUCCUUGGGGAGGACAUGAUGGACUGUACCUUGCCGAGAUCGAUAGAAUUCUAAGGCCAGGGGGCUACUGGAUUCACUCGGGCCCUCCAAUCAACUGGAAGACGCACCACAAUGGGUGGAAGAGGGCCGAGGAAGACCUCAAGCGGGAGCAAGACAAGAUUGAGGAUGUCGCGAGGAGCCUUUGCUGGAAUAAGGUGGCCGAGAAGGAGGAUCUCUCCAUCUGGCAGAAGCCCAAGAACCACCUUGAGUGUGCCGACAUAAAAAAGAAGCAUAAGAUACCCCAUAUCUGCAAGAGUGACAACCCUGAUGCUGCCUGGUACAAGAAGAUGGAAUCCUGUCUUACUCCAUUGCCUGAAGUAAGCAACCAGGGAUCAAUCGCCGGCGGAGAGGUUGCGAGAUGGCCAAAGAGGGCAUUCACGGUGCCCCCAAGGGUUAAGAGGGGCACGAUUCCGGGGAUAGAUGAAAAGAAGUUUGAGGAGGACAUGAAGCUGUGGGAGAAGAGGUUGGCGUACUACAAACGCACCACACCCAUAGCACAGGGGAGGUACAGGAAUGUGAUGGACAUGAACGCGAACUUGGGCGGUUUCGCCGCUUCCCUGGUUAAGUACCCUGUGUGGGUGAUGAACGUCGUCCCGGUCAAUUCGGACAAAGACACCCUCGGAGCAAUUUACGAGCGAGGGUUCAUCGGCACGUACCAGGACUGGUGUGAAGCCUUCUCGACGUAUCCGAGGACCUACGACCUUUUGCACGCCGACAAUUUGUUCAGCAUCUACCAGGACAGGUGCGACAUAACGGACAUCCUCCUGGAGAUGGACAGGAUACUGAGGCCCGAGGGCACGGCGAUCAUCCGCGACACGGUCGACAUGCUCACCAAGGUGCAGGCCAUAGCCCAGCGGAUGCGGUGGGACAGCCGCAUCCUGGACCACGAGGACGGGCCCUUCAACCCGGAGAAGGUCCUGGUGGCGGUCAAGACGUACUGGACGGCCGACCCAUCGGAGCACAGCUAAGCUGCAGCUCUCUGAGCUCCGAAAUGGCUUGUCAGGUAAUCAGCCGUGACACGACGAUGGCGUCGGUUUCGCCAUCUCGGUGUGUGUGUAGUAAGCAGUGUGUGUUUCUCUCGCCUUUUUUUUUUUGUCUAAUUCUUUGUAGUUCGGGUCGAAAUGGAAACAAAAAAAAUACGUCGAGCAGAGCAUAGGUUUUUUUUAGCUUGUACGAGCAGAGAUUGUUACUAUGUACUGUACUACUAAGAUUGACUUACUGGAAAAAUAGGUCUUUUACCCA